AGGGAAAUCGGGAUGGCUUCGCUGCCGAGCCCGCCGGGAGCUGUAGUCCUGCCAGGGGCACGGGGCGGAAUCGCCGUUUUCUCGCCGGCAGCCGAGUGCGCAGGCGCGGCGUCACCGGGGGCCGGCUUGGGGCGUGCGCAAGGCCGUCGCGGAGAACCGAGAGCGCCGAGGGGGGCCGCGGUCCGGGCUGGCGGCCAUGAUGUUCGUUCGCUGCCCGUCCUCCAGCCAAGCACGUCAGUGCUUUCAUGCUCUAAAGUUGAUAAAGAGAGACUGCCUUCCAUCGCUGCAUAUUACAAGAUGUGCCUCUACUGCCUCUGUGCCUCGCAUAACUACACAUUAUACAAUUCAUCCUCGAGACAAAGACAAACGAUGGGAAGGGGUAAACAUGGAAAGAUUUGCAGAGGAAGCAGAUGUUGUCAUUGUUGGAGGAGGCCCUGCAGGUCUUUCUGCAGCUAUUCGACUCAAACAGUUAGCUGCUGAGCAUAGCAAAGAGAUCCGUGUUUGUCUGGUGGAAAAAGCUUCUCAGAUUGGUGCGCAUACACUGUCUGGUGCUUGUCUUGAGCCAAGGUCCCUACAGGAGCUCUUUCCAGACUGGAAGGAGAAAGGGGCUCCACUUCAUACUCCUGUAACCGAGGACAAGUUUGGAAUUUUAACAGAGAAAUCUAGAAUUCCGGUGCCAAUUCUUCCAGGACUUCCAAUGGUUAAUCAUGGAAAUUACAUAGUACGUCUGGGCCACUUUGUGAGUUGGCUAGGUGAACAAGCAGAGGCUUUGGGUGUUGAGUUGUAUCCAGGCUAUGCAGCAGCCGAGGUUCUUUUUCAUGAAGAUGAUAGCGUGAAAGGAAUAGCAACUAAUGAUGUAGGCAUUCAAAAGGAUGGAGCACCUAAAGCUACCUUUGAGAGAGGUUUGGAACUCCAUGCUAAAGUUACAGUCUUCGCUGAAGGUUGUCACGGACAUCUAGCCAAACAGAUGUACAAAAAAUACAAUUUAAGGGAGAAAUGUCAACCCCAGAGCUAUGGCAUUGGACUGAAAGAGAUGUGGACUAUUGAUGAAAAGAAAUGGAAACCAGGAAGAGUGGAACAUACUGUAGGCUGGCCUUUAGACAGACACACAUAUGGAGGAUCCUUUCUUUAUCACUUAAAUGAGGGUGAACCUUUAGUUGCUCUUGGAUUUGUGGUUGGUUUAGAUUAUCAAAAUCCGUAUUUGAAUCCAUUUAGGGAGUUUCAGAGGUGGAAGCACCAUCCCACUGUACAGCCUACUUUGGAGGGUGGAACAAGGAUUGCCUAUGGUGCCAGAGCAUUAAAUGAAGGUGGUUUACAGUCAAUACCUAAACUCACCUUCCCAGGUGGAUUAUUAAUUGGUUGCAGUCCUGGACUCAUGAAUGUUCCUAAGAUCAAAGGGACACAUACAGCAAUGAAAAGUGGCAUCUUGGCUGCAGAAGCCAUCUUUAAACAAUUAACUAAUGAGAAUCUCCAAUCAAAGACAAUAGGACUUGAUGUGCAAGAGUAUGAAGAGAACCUGAAAAAUUCCUGGGUGUGGAAAGAGCUGUAUGCAGUUAGAAACAUCCGGCCUUCCUGCCAUAGUGUACUUGGAGUGUAUGGAGGAAUGAUUUACACAGGCAUAUUUUAUUGGCUGCUGAGAGGAAUGGAACCAUGGACAUUAAAACAUCCAGGACCAGAUUUUGCUCAGCUCAAGCCAGCCAAAGAUUGCACACCUAUUGAAUACCCAAAGCCUGAUGGGAAAAUCAGUUUUGAUCUCCUGUCGUCUGUGGCAUUAAGCGGUACAAACCAUGAACAUGACCAGCCCGCUCAUUUAACUCUCAAAGACGACAGCAUCCCUGUCAGCAGGAAUCUGGCUGUAUUCGAUGGACCAGAACAAAGAUUUUGUCCAGCAGGAGUUUAUGAAUAUAUUCCUCUGGAAACAGGAGAAGGAUCAAAACUGCAGAUAAAUGCUCAGAACUGUGUCCACUGCAAAACAUGUGAUAUCAAAGACCCAAGUCAGAACAUUAAUUGGGUGGUGCCUGAAGGUGGAGGAGGACCAGCUUAUAAUGGGAUGUAACUGACAGAAAAUCUAUUCAGUGACUUGUGAUCACCAACAAAUAAGACGGAAUAUUUUAUGCUGCUGUGUAAUUAAAGUAUAGCACUGACCUGAAUGUUAAAAAAGUGCCAUUCUAAAUUUUAGGCAUGACUGUUGCAUUAAAGGGUAAGUUGGUGCCUUCUGGUUAAACCCUAGCCUUAUUUAAAUAGGACUUUACAUGUCAUGUGGCAGCCAGAAGAUAAUUCUUCUCAGGACUAAUACAGAACUUUGGAUCUUUAUUACUGAGGUCCAGCGGUAACAGGAGUCUUACCCAGAAUCAUGGCCAUGGUGGAAGAAUUUAGUACCUAUCCUUCAAAAAAAAAACCAAUUUUCUUGCUUUCAGUGAUACACUGUAUGAAUCCAACAAUGCAGUAGGGAAAACACAUUUGUCUCAAAAAUUGUCAGUGCUUUUAAGUGUUACACCUUUUCUAUCCAAUUUACAGUUGUUUCUUUCCCGAGGAUAAUACUAGGGAGCCCAUCUGCAGCAGAACCUGUAAGUGUUUUUUAAAAAGGUGCAUUUGCACAUAGGUUAUGGCUAGCAGCAUUUUUAUACUUUACAAGAAAUCAGGUCUGCUCUAAUGAAGUCUACUAGGAACUGCCUGAACUGUCUUGGUGUGAAAACCAGCUUCUCAUGAAGCACCAACUAUUAAGCUGCAAACCCACCACUGUUACUGAUAGACGUAUCAGAAACACCUGAAUUACAAAACAGCUUUAGGGAAAAAAAAGAAAACCUCAUCACCUCUGAAGAGUUGGUCUUUAUUAUUAGACUUCAGAGUUGUAAACACCAAGAACUGCAGUACAGGGCGAGUGAGAGAAGCUGUUCCAUUUAUCCUUUUGCAUGAGUUAGUGCAUAGAUUCAGAAGUUUAGGGAAAAAAAAAUCAAGCAAACAUUUUAGCAUAAGCUGCCUUCUCUUUCUCCUUCUCGGCUUUUAUCUUCUGCUUGAUUUUCAGUGUUUCUGUCUGGAUAGCUGCUCAAAAAGAAAAUCCAAAAUACAGUUACAGCAAUCUCUUUACAUAAAGCCUCACAUUAUCUCAAGACCAGGUUCCACUCCUGCAACGUAGCUGUGCUAUUUCAUUCAGUAGAACCACAUGGGUCAGAUAGUAGCAGCAAAUGUCCCUUACUUUGUUUCACCUGGUAAGAUAAUCAGGUAGAGUGCGGAGCAAGCCUAGUCUUGGUUCUAACACUGAGCUGCAAAUCUUAGUAAAGUUAGUAAGAACACUGUGAGACAAGGAAAUGGUUCAGGAGGCAUGCUGUUGACUUAGAAAAGCAGGCUUCCCAGCAGAACAGAAGCAUCACUGCUGUAUAAAAACAGAUUUUCAACCUCAGUGGACUCUAUGCUCAUACAUCAGUGUUUCAGCUGUGAGUUCAGCCAUUUAGGCAUUCUAUUGAUAAAAUUUCCUUCUAAAUAUUACCCUGGUUAGUUUGUUACAUUCUUAAAGCAUUUAUGAAAAAACAGCUUUAAUUUACCUUUAUCUUCAGGGGCUAUUUCAUGAGCCUUUUUAAGAUCAGCCUGAAAUAAAAGAGAAGUAUAAAUUAAUAUUCUGGUUGAAUAUUUAGUUUUAAGAAAAAAUGAAAAAGUGGGUACUGUAAUCAUUACCAAUGCCUGAUCGAAUUCUUUCAUUCCCUGCCAUCCUUGAGCCCGUCUGUAGAGAGCUUUAGUACUUGCUGGGUCUAUUUUAAGAGCCUGUAAAUUUAAUAAAAUUGUCACAUUAACAUUU